AAGAGAUUGAACGGAGACGUAAUAUGAGUGAAGAACAACGUUUAGCUGAGGAUAUGUCGCGUGUAAGAGAACAACGGGAGAAAAAACCACACGGGCAAUAUAAAUUCCUGCAAAAAUAUUAUCACAAGGGUGCUUUCUACUUAAAUCCAGAUGAAAAAAUUUUCAAACGUGAUUAUACUGAAGCAACACCCGAUGAAGCAGUUAUGCAAGUUAAGAACUUUGGUCGAGCAGGACAAACUAAAUGGACUCAUUUGGCUGAUCAAGAUACUUCAAAGAACUCUGGAGUUACUAAAUCGAUGAUAUCAAAGUUGGGUGGUUUACAUGGAGGGUUUGAUAAACCUACAUCAAAAAGACGGAGAACUAAGUAA